UGCUAUUGUGGGUGGACGCACAUUAGUCGCCCUGUUUAACCAUGGAGCUAUUUCGUUGUGAGCCGGGGUCCACAACACAGACAGUAUGGCUUUAAAGACGUAUGCAGACUGGGAGGAUGCUGUGAGAGUCGCCCAGGUCACCUAUGACCACUCGCAGGCUAAGAUGGUCACAAAAACAAAGACGGUACGGAAGUCGAGGAAAAUGGCUUUCCUCUCCGUGCUCUCACUGACCAAGGGUGGCGUUUCAUCAAAGCAAAGCAUCAACAAGCACCCCACUUCUCCGCCAAAGAGGAUAAAACAAAGAGUGAACAAAUCCGCAGGAAAGAUGUGUGUGAAACAGGGAAGUGCGUGCUGCAUACAGAUAAUAAUUGAUACUCCACUCGUGUCAACAGUUUGCCUGCAACUUCCUUCUUCAACCUCGAUUCUAGCUGUGAAAGAACUACUUCAAGAUAGGCUUGGAAUCAGUCCUGAAAAACAACAUCUUUGUACGAAGAGAGGAUUUGAGCUCUGUGACGCACUUUCACUAGCGGAUCACAGUAUUCAGCAAAAUGCCAACAUAGAAUUGCGCCUUGUCUCCGGCUUGAUGGGUGGAACACGGAAGCAAAAAGACAAAGCAGAGCAGCGGUCACCAGAUUUUUCGAGUAAAGAAAGAAUCCCUGAUCAUGGAAGACAAGAUGAUACUCAGCAAGACCCAACUGCACCUGAUGAACAACCAUCAUCCUGUACCAGCAACACAUGGGAAAACACCGUCAUGCAGGGCCACUCAGAAGGCAUCACAUUUGGGGAAGUACACUCACGUACCAAUGUCUAUGCAUUACCAAUUACUGCAUGCGUUUCAAGAGAUGACAGGAUCGAUGAUUAUUUGACAACAGCCGUAAUCGAUACCCUGAAACUACUGGCAAGUCAGUCUGGAGUGAAUGAUGUGAAAAAAAUGUUCAACGACGUUUUGGAGGCAUGUGCCGGAGAAAUGUAUCGAGUAGAGUUUGGGCCCUUGAGGUUUAUUACGCAUGUCGAAAGUCGUGCCGGCCUUGAAAAACUGUGGGCUAUGUUCUCCACCGGGGAGCUCGCGCAGAAGCUAACUAAGGUCCUAAUAACAGAUGAACUUACAACAGAGGAGAAAAGUAGUAUCGUCAUUCAGGUAGAAAUACUUCGAGAACAUUACGAGGAGGGAUGCCAAUUCUUUGAAGAAUUACCAGAAGAGACUACUUCGGCGGAUCAACCGGUGCAUAUGUCUGAGUGGUCCAAAUACGACGUGAAACACUGGCUAAAAACUAUUGGUGUAUCAGAUGUGGUCAUUGAUAAAGUAUUCGACGAGGCAAUUGACGGGAGGGUGUUAAUCUUGUAUACAUCAAAUGAUCUGCAAGAAGAUUUCAACAUGAACAAGCGAGACUUACGUCUCAUUUUGUACAAACGGGAAGCCUUAAAACGCCAACCCAAGUUGAGUCCAAACCCAAAAGAGAAAGAAGUUGUUGAGUACAAAGCAGAACGUGCACUGGUUCAAGUACAUCCGAUUCAGACAUCCCCAAGCCCAUCUGACACAAAAACAAAUCAAACUGUAACCGAUAUGCCAGAACUGUCAGUUCGGCCUAAAAUACCAAAAUCCAAAGCGAUAUCUUUACUAAAGAGGGGGCAUCUGGAGACAAAACACACUCAACCAGUUCAACGUCUUCAUCAGAAUAUCGCUAAGGUACCCAACGUUCAAGAUGACCCCUUAAACCCUGCAAAAGGAUUUGAACUUUCUUUAGAUUUACCUUCUGAAUAUAAAGGAGCCCAUGUUUCACCACAAAGACUAUUGACAGCCAAAAGUGGGCAAGAUCCUCUUGAGGUGACUCAAAAGAUGAUGGAAUUAAUUUCACUAGCUCCUCAACCAUCUACAGACAACCAACAACAAGAUGUUGCAUUCAUGAUACUUGGCAAAUCUCGAGCCCAAGAACAGGGGUCAAAUCCUUCCUUACAGGUCAAUUACCCAGAACAAUAUCGCGACGAAAAUGGAAAAUUGACGCCAGGGGAUCAUGAAGCAAGCUCAAUUUCGCCUACUACACUGGAUGCAUCACCGAGAACAAAUGUGGAAUUUGACGAUGCACAAAUUCAUGAUGACAAAAACUCUGACAAGGUAAAAGAGCAAGCUCGUGAUCAGGGAACACCAUCACAAGCGUGUCGAAACGCAGCAUCGUCCAGCAAAUUUGCUUUGCCUGUAACAAAGUUCAGUCAAAGUGACGAAGCUAAGGUUCGCUUACUUCUUACAGGAGAUGAACGUGGAGAGCUUUCCCAAUCGUUAUACUCCGUUCUCGUAGCAAAUAAGCUGGACGCCCCAAGUGAACCUACUGAAUCUAGAAUUGACAUCAUUGCCCAACAGUUUGAAUUCAUCAAGUCCAUCAAAUGGACAAGCGUCUUGGACUUUGAUUCACAGUCUCUGUCGGAUGGACUGUGUAAGCUCUACCAUGAGAAUAGAAUGGUCACUCUUCAACAACCGGACUUGUUCAAAAACAUCGAGUCAGAAGAAGAUCUGCGAACCAGUAUCGGAUUUCCUGAAAAGACACUUUGGCUUUUCGCUAACGGUCGAGAGGACAACCCAACCAUCGAGAGCCCUCCCAUGGAUCUGCAAGAAUGGAACAAAGAACGUAGCCGAGAUGUAGAAGCAUCAAUCUCUUUCUUCUCUCAGCCUUCGGUUAUACCAAAAGGACGUGCUGCUAUUGUGUUCUUGCUCCUGUCCGAUCAGGACCUGGGAAUCGUCUGUGACAUUUUCAGAAAAAUGUCUUCAUCUUUUCAAGGCAUACAAAAUAUCACAUGUAUCGCUGAAGAUGAGAGUGUUUAUGCACAGUUUGUAAAAGGUGUGGAAAAGUGGUUUAGCAAGGCUGAAAUCGAUGAGAGGAGUGUGGUUGGACUGAAAUGGCAAGAUAUCAACCGCAUUGUCAUGCGAAUGAACGGUGUGAACAAAAUCGAAGCCUACGAACUCCCUACACACAUUCCAGAAAAGUGUUUCCUUUCUGAGAAACAAAAGGACGAAUGGAAUGAUAUAACCGUUGUUUGCAAAAAUGAGUGCGAAAACACCGAUAUGAACGAAUCUAACCCGGGUUAUCGACGGUUUGCAGAAAAGAAAGAAUUGAACUUUUAUCGCGGUGCCAAAGUUGACUGGUGGAAUUUUGCCAUCGGAGAAAAAGAAAUGAAUCUUCAUAGACGUUGCGGCCACGUGCUGAAGCGAAAAGGAUUCGGAGACGUACUAAGGAAAGUCCGUAAACCCCUGGACAGUUCAAAUACUGAGGACAGUUUAAUUGUCACUGUGACACUCCUUCAUCAGCCAGGUGCCGGGGGUAGCACGUUAGCACGCCAUAUUUUGUGGGAGCUCCGCCAAGAAUUCCGUUGUAUUGUCGUCAACACGGUCACUGGCAAUACUGCAAGUCAGAUAAUGGAGGUGAGACGGCAUGGAUAUGAAAAAGGUUGCAAUCAGAAAAUCCCUGCUGUAUGUGUACUCGUGGAUGACCUCGAUGAUGUUGAGCUUCUAGACUUGAUUGAUGAGGUGAAGGAAGUUUCUAGAGAUAUCCAGCUCGAUGGUGGGGCAGUUUGUGUCGUCCUGCGCUGUAAGCGUUGUGCGGAGCCAGAAACGUUAACAGACGGUGAAAGGAGAGAGUUGUACAUUGCUUUGACUCAAAAGCUUGACGCCCGAGAAAAGGAAUGGCUGGAGCGAAAGUACCGUGAAUUACAAUUAAAGGAGAAAGAAUUACAAUCUACCGAGUACAAACCUGAACAUCUCCUCGCAUUUAUGGUGAUGCUGAAAGAAUUCGACAAGGACUAUAUAACUCAUGUUGUGUCGGAGAUUCUUGGUGGAAUCUCUGAGAACGAAUUCAAGUUGAUAAAGCUAUGUGCGUUUCUGAAUUCCUACAGACCAGAGGCCGCCAUUCCUAUUUCCUGUUGCGACUCAAUGAUGGACAGAAAGAUACUAGUCAGUGGCAGAACGCGUGUACACUCGAGACCCUGGGAAGGUUCAGUGUCCUCCUCGUUCAAGAUCAUGGUGGUCGUGGAAAACAACGAACUUAGGAUCUUCCAUGAGAGAAUAGCAAAAGAAACUUUGGAGCAGAUCCAGAUGGUUACAAAUCAGUCCCUUACAGAGGUUGCACUGGAGUUUUUGAAUUGUGAACUGUUUAGUUCGUGGUCAUAUUCCAAAGAAACCCUCGUUAAAGCAACGCAUGACCUACUUGUCAGGAGAAAAAGGAUCCGAUUCGGUGAUGACACCGAGACAGACUUUGCGGUUAUCAUUCAAGAUAUUUACGAGAAUCAUGGACCUGAAAAAGCAAUCGAGAUCCUCCAAGUAGGCUUUGAGAAGCUGGAAGAUGCAUUCAUCGCUCAGCAGCUUGCGCGACUUUGUCUUAAGGAGCACAACAUUGGGAUGGCACAUAUCUAUGCUGACAAAGCAGUGACGCUUGAACCCCAAAACUGCUACUUCGUUGAUACUAAGGGCAGAAUUUACAAAACAGAGAUGUGGGAUAUCGUGUCAAAGCGUAUGGAAGAACAGCAAGUUAUCGAUGAUAAAGAAUGCGAUAAGUUACUUUCCCUUGCAUACCAUGCAAUGGACGCCUUCCACAAAACAUACGACGUUUCUAAAAAAGGAAGGGAGAUCGAGUACACGGGUUUGUAUGCCGAAGUAGAUGUUGCCUUCAGAUUACUGCAGGUCAUUUACACUUGUGUAGAGCCCUUCAGAACAAAAGGUGGACAAAAAUAUUUGCAGGAAUACCUUCUGCAAUUGAUCAACCCUUCAGAUCCAAGCUAUCCAAAACUGAGUGAAGACUGUCAUGGCCGCAUCAUGACUUUGAAAAACCGAAUAGACUCUGUGCUAAACUUACUUGAUGACACCUCAACAUUCUGCAAGGGAGAUCCCACAAAUGAGCAACAGAAACUUGAUGAGAUGAAAGAUCGCUUGAAGGAGUACUUCAGAAUAUACGAAAGAUACUAUGGAGAACCAAAGCCGAUACAACAAAAUCGGUAUCGAAAUCCUAGAAGUCUUGCCGAAUCUCGACGUCGGCAAGUCAAGCAAGCCAGUUGUGGUACCUUUCGUGAAAUAUUUGACCUUGCUCGAAAUAAGGGAUUGCAGAAGCUCAAAGAAUCUUACAAACUGCUGUUAGAGAACUCAGAUCAGUACAACUUUUUCGACUUGAAGCAUCUUGUUUGCAUACACUUGGCGCUCUCCUCAGCUGGGGAGCAAUUAUUGCCAGCUGAUGAGGUGUAUCAGCAGUUUGUUCGGCCGUUGAAUGCCAAAGAUCACCGCAAAACAGACUGCUGGCCACCUUUCUUCAUGAUGAUGUUUCUGUGGCCAAUAGAGGAUGUUACCUCUGAAAGACGAGAUAGCUGUGAUUUGACCUUUUACAUUGAUGAACUAAGAGAGAGAUUUUCAGGUGCUGAGAAUUUCAGGAAAGGUUUGACUAGCGAAAAGCGACCCCCGCGAUUUCAGACAAGAGCACGAACACACUUUUUCUUGGGACAAGGCACAGAUCUUCAAGUAUUUGCCCAUAUCAAUGAGCUCCACACUACUCCAGGUAAAAUCGACGGAGCAGACAGCGAAGAUGAUUUUUGGUCGUCUGAUCUUGUAAGAAGUCGAUUAGCUCGCUUGGAAGGAACUUUACUGAAUCCUACAUCCCUGGUGCACCUCUCUAAGAAGGGAAAAAUCAACAUCAAACUGGCAGCGCCGUUUAAACGUCAAGUGCCAAGCCAAGAGAUCGUCACGUUCUACCUCGGAUUCACCUGGGAUGGCCCAGUUGCGUAUGAUAUUAAGGUAAAGGGGAAAGAAUCUCGUGACGGUACAGCACCACGCUUUCACCAAGCUUACCCAAGUUUGAACGUACCUUCUGAAAAAUCCAAGACUUCACUUUCCCGUAAGUUAUCCAAGAUUGAUAAGCUUCGGGAGGAAUGCCAAAAGCUGCGAGGCAAACUGGAGGGCGUAAAAGCUUCUUCUAAACACCAUGUGAAAGUCAAAACCAAAGAGCAGGGAUGUGUUUGGAAACCCACGAAAGACGCGAUUCAGUUGUACAAGCGCCAGUUGGAGGAAAAAAACGAUGAACUUCGUCGUGCUUUAAUGGAAGACACGUCAUCAACGGAGGACUUUUAAACUCAUCAAUGGACAGCUACCUUCAACCACUAGUUGGUUCCGUCUUAAUUGCACUUAUUGCAAAUUCACCAGCCGUCGUGAAUUACAAGCUGAAGGUAAAAUACAUG